ACUAAAGAGAACCGUUUGCCCUCCUGCCGCCAUUACCGGUGCUCGUCUCCUACUCCAGUCAUGGCUUUCCGUCCUGUAGCUGCUUUACUGUUGCUCCUCAACGCUGUCGCUGCAUGGCAGCAGGCCGGUGUCUCGAUUGGUGAUCUACUCAAGUCUGGCACAGCUCUCGCGAAGCGCGAGGCUGUCAAACCUACGGACCUGUACCCGGAGCAUACGAUUUCUAUUCCAAUUGACCACUUCCAUAACAUCACCGCGUACGAGCCUCACUCGGAUGGCGUCUUCCCCAACCGGUACUGGUUCGAUGCCUCUCACUACAAAGAGGGCGGCCCAAUCUUUGUCCUGGCUUCAGGAGAGACCAGCGGUGUUGGCCGUUUGCCCUUCCUUCAAAAGGGCUUGAUUGCUCAGUUGGCGCAAGCUAAUAACGGUAUUGCUGUCGUGCUUGAGCACCGGUACUAUGGAACCAGCAUUCCCACCGAGGACUUCUCGACUGAAAAUCUCCGAUGGUUAACCCAUGAACAGGCCAUGGCCGACACUGCUUUCUUCGCCCGGAAUAUCAAGUUUCCUGGACUCGAGCAUCUCGAUCUGACUGCUCCCAAAAACCCAUGGAUCUUGUAUGGAGGCUCGUAUGCCGGCGCUUUCGUCGCUUUCCUCCGUGUGACAUACCCAGACCUGUUCUGGGGCGCUAUCAGCUCGUCCGGUGUGACUGAGGCCAUUUUCGACUUCUGGCAGUACUAUGAGGCCCAGAGAAACUACGGUCCAAAGGAUUGCGUUUUGGCAACACAGGAGUUGACUGCUGUCGUCGACACUGUCCUGUUGAAGAAAGAUUCCAGUGCAAUCUCUCAGUUGAAGAAGACGUUUUACAUGGCUAACAUUACCCACGACGAUGAUUUCGCCAAUGCACUGAGCGCUGGCGUUACUAACUGGCAGAGUCUCAAUUGGGACCCGAAAGUCUCGGACGAUGAAUUCUUCAAGUAUUGCAACAAUAUCACGUCCAAGAAUGUUCUAUACCCCGAGACCGAGUCUCUCCGAUCGACUGUCGAACAAACAAUCAACAGCACUGGAUACAACCCGGGCAAUCUGACCACUGCCAUGCUAAACUACAUUGGCUACACGAAGCUCACUCGUGUCGAUUCCUGCACGAAGUCAGGCAGAUCCCAAGACGCGUGCUUUGGCAACUACAAUGUCACAUUCUACGAGCAAGACAGCAUUCACGAUGAGUGGCGCCUUUGGCCAUAUCAAUACUGCACCCAGUGGGGCUACCUCCAGACUGGAAGUGGCGUGCCCGCCACUCAACUACCCCUCAUCUCCCGCCUGAUAGAUAUUCCAUACUCAUCGCUCAUCUGCAAGUACGCCUUCAACAUUACGGAGCCGUCCGACGUCGAGGCCAUCAACAAAUUUGGCGGCUUCAACAUUUCAUACCCCCGUCUCGCCAUCAUCGACGGAGAAGCCGACCCAUGGAAGCAGGCCACGCCGCACGCCGACGUGGCUCCUCCCAGGCAAAACACCAUUGAACAGCCGUUCGUGGUCAUUGCUGGCCUCGCUGUGCACCACUGGGACGAGAACGGGCUGUUCAAGAACGAGACCACGGCUGACUUGCCCCCUAAACCGGUGAAGAAGGCCCAAUCCUAUGAAAGGUCCUUUGUCAAGUCUUGGUUGCAGGACUGGGAGCGUGAGAAGAAGGGCGGUAAUUAUGGAUGAUUGCAAGACGUGUGGGACCGACUUCCAUGUUAUUGGCCUACAACGACCUAAUGAUUAAUGUCUUGUCCGUAGAUCAGAGUAAAUAAUACAUCGAUCGAUAAAGAAA